AUGUCAGUUCUGCGUCAGAGAUUGCUAACCGACUUCUGUUUGCCUAUGAAAAAUCAGGAUUCGGGUUCCGGUGCAGGUAUUAUCUGUGAAUCGGAUUCUGCUCUUAAAACGCACUGUGAACUAGAUUCUGCUGUAAAUAUAAGCUGCGAAGCAGAUGCCUAUAAACAUGUGCUAUUACCUGUCAGUGAACCGUCAUCAUCAUCAAUGAGUAAAGAUAACACUUGUUCGAAAGUUGUUCGUUCAGUUAUAUUCUGUGGAAAUGAAGGUGUAAAAAAACGGCGAAAAACUCUACGCGAUGAUUCAAGGCAAAUGAUUUUGGAUGCUGGACAGAAGCAGUUUGGUUGUCAGCAUUGUAAAGAGUGUGAUAUGAUUUAUGACUACGAUUCAUUAUGUGAUCUAAAACGACAUCGAAAAUUUCACGGUCGUUUUCAAUCAACUGAAUGGUUUCGUGUGCAAAUUACGCAAUUAAAUGUUUGGAAAAGGUUUGAUUUCCACAUUGUUGAACAGUAUCAGGGAAUGCAUAGCUAUACAUUUUGUGUUCUGCAAACCUCGAAAUCUACGUUAAAAACUCGCAUUACCAAGGUGAUAUUGGAGUGCAUUAAUCAGGAGUUGGGUUAUGCGCCGGAUUUAGCCCAGAUAUGGACUUCAGAUGGCAGAAGACAGGUUUGGGUAUAUAUUACAGCUCUGGAUACCUGUUAUUUCAUUGGUGCUGUAGCAGUAGUAGAACAAGUAUCGGAAAAGCAAAUAUAUUGGGCAGAGGCCGAAAAUGGUAUUUAUAAGAGUGAUGACUUACACAUGGGUGUUAAUCGUAUUUGGGUCCAUCAAAUUUUACGUGGCAAAGGUAUUGCAGCAGUUUUGUUAGAUCAUGCUCGGACAAACUUUAUUAGAUCUGAUGUGAUACCACGAAACAGAAUUGUUUUCAGUAGUCCCACUGAAAACGGUUUACGAUUCGCUAAGAGCUAUGUUCCCAAGGAAAAAUUACUUUUUUACAAGAUAUUAUCUGCAUAA